AGCCGCCGGGCUGUGGCCUGAAUCUCGCGAUAAAGGCUUAUUGUCUCGCGGGACUGCGUCUGGCAGACGGCUCCGGGCGGCCCUGGCCGUAGAAGAGUUGCAUGUGUCGCUUCAGCUGGCGGUAGUGGCGGGAGUGGAGGAGGCGGGGGCUGUGUGACCGCCUGGGUUGUGAGAUGGCUGCUGAUUUUUCUGAAUCCAGUGGACAUGACUGCAGAGGAGACCUGAGGAGCAAUACCAAGUUAGAUACAGAUUACCCACUUCGAGUCCUUUACUGUGGAGUCUGUUCAUUACCAACAGAGUACUGUGAAUAUAUGCCUGAUGUUGCUAAAUGUAGACAAUGGUUAGAGAAGAAUUUUCCAAAUGAGUUUGCAAAACUUACUGUAGAAAAUUCACCCAAACAAGAAGCUGGAAUUAGCGAGGGUCAAGGCACAGCAGGAGAAGAGGAAGAGAAGAAAAAACAGAAAAGAGGAGGAAGGGGUCAAAUAAAGCAAAAAAAGAAGACUGUACCACAAAAGGUUACAAUAGCCAAAAUUCCCAGAGCAAAGAAGAAAUAUGUAACAAGAGUGUGUGGCCUUGCAACUUUUGAAAUUGAUCUUAAAGAAGCACAAAGAUUUUUUGCUCAGAAAUUCUCCUGUGGUGCCUCAGUAACAGGGGAAGAUGAAAUCAUCAUUCAGGGAGACUUUACAGAUGACAUAAUUGAUGUCAUUCAGGAAAAAUGGCCAGAGGUGGAUGAUGAUAGCAUCGAAGAUCUUGGAGAAGUGAAGAAGUGACUUUGAAAAUGUGUCUGUAUUGAAUGAUCUGAACUGAGAGUUGAUAUGGCCAAAGGGAGAGAGGCCUUUUAAAAAUAUAUAUAUUUAUCCUACAGUAAACCUGUAGACUACCCUCACCCUUGGCAUUUUCACUGUUGUACAACGCUGCUUUUUUUUUUUUUUUUUUUUUUGCCUUAUUGCCAAAGUCUAAUAACAGGAGACUGUCAUGCUUUUGCAUGAAAUAGAAUUUAGUCAAAUAAAAAUUUUUGGUCAUUGGUACUGACUUUUCUCUUUCUCUCUUUUAAACUAAACACUGCUGACUUUUUGUGGAGAGCUUUCUGUUGAUUGUAGAUGAUCAUUUAAUGAAAUCAUGAUUUAUAGUGAGUAAUAUUUUAAAGAAUUUGAAUUUUGGCUUCAUCCCCAGUAAUAACUGUCUUCUUGCUCCUUUGGUAUGAUAGUUUUGAGAUGUUUGAGCAUCUGAUAGAUUUGCGGUUGAAUUUACUUAAUGGUUACCAAUCAAGUCCACCUUGUAGCCAUAUUGACGUAAUGUUGGUAGGAGUUGUUCAAGCUGUUCUGAAGAUUAUUUGGUAAAGUAUGUUAAAAGCCUUAAAACCAUCCACACUGUUUGACCUAGUAAGCCACUUUUUUGACAUUAUCUUAAAGAUAUAACCAAUGUUGCUUAAAAUUGUAGACGAGGGUAUUCAUUUUGUUGUUACUCAUAAUAUCAACACAUUAAAUAAUAUACAUGAAAAAUUGGGAAAUGGUUAAAGAAGUGAUGUUGGAUCAUAUGGUAGAAUAUUAUGCAUAUAUUAAAAAAUACUUUCCAAGAAUACUUCGAAACGUGUUUGGCAGUGUUAAGUGGAGGACAGACCCCACAUCUAUUGUAUAUGUCACCACUGUUGUUUUGAGUAGAAAGUCUUUCAGAGAGGUUGAGAAUUCUUGUUCUAGAUCUAAAUUUAAUGUGAAUAAAAUUCUUCUAACCAGUUGAAAAUAACAGCCAUGCUCAAUACAUAGUCUGGGAAAUAAUAAUUGAAAUUCUUUUCUCAUAAGAAGCAAUGACAAUUUUAAUGAAUGCACUAAAUGAAUUUAAACAUUUUUAUAAAGGUCUUAAGUCAGGUGCUACAGAUUGAAAAGAAGACUCAUGAUAUUUUAAAUUGCUAUAGAAACCUUUAAGAAAUUUAGAGCCCAUUGUUCAUUGCCAAGCAAAUUACAAUAUUAAUUGGAUGUUUUUUUAAAUAAUUAAAAUCUUAGAAUGUGUAAUAAAUAUAUCAGUCAAGAAAAUGAAGUUCUGCAUUAACUGCGAAUUUUACUGAAUAUGACUAUUUGAUGAAGCAAAUUUACCCAAAACCAUUUGGUGUUACUGUAUUAAUGCUGUUGGUGCUGGAAGAUGUCUAUGUGCUUGUAUCAACACACGUGACUUCAUGUAAAGAUUCUUAAUGUUCACAGUUCUUGACAAAUGCAAUUUCAAUCCUUAUGUAGCCAGCAGUAGAUGUUACUGUGGGAAAAUGCAGGAUUAAAUUGUCCUUGUGGAUAA